AUGUCCGGAGACCAGACUAUACGAAUACCCAAGAACAAGAGCACUGGAAAUCUGGCUCAACCUUCCAGGCACGAGGGGUCGCCGCUAUCUCAAAGAACAAGGUUCUCCUUCGACGCCGGGACGGCCCAAGAGAUGAGCAAUCUGAAAAGGGCUGCUCGCCUCGACCAUGAUGGACUGGGAAGAUCCGGCCUUCGAAGGAUUAGGCGGCAAGGACCUCCUUUGCGGACGCCUACACUGAUCUUGGAAGGCGGGGAAUUCGUUGCCCCUUCACUCUAUCAUUCAAAGACCAUGCCAAUAUCUGGCUCGUCCAGCAGGUCUGUCUCCACUGGUGGUUACUUGAUUAGUGGCCCUUCCUCUCCCGCCAUUGAGGACCUGCACCGCUUUCCGUCAGAGUCUCUCCACUCGUUCUCGUUUGCCAAACAGUCAGAACAAAUACUGCACGUCCGGCAAAACAUACUUCAAAAAUCCAUCGACUUUGUGCGGGGCCGGUCUUCAUGGGCUGCCAAUCCAGCGUUGGUCGAUGCACAGGCACGAGUGAGUGGCGAUCCAGAGCUGCAGGGCAUGAUGGACUUGCUGAAAAAAGCCAACAUUAUUCCAAUCGACACGAGCGUUGCUGGAUAUAGGACGGUCGGGACAGGACCACUUACAGGACCUGCUCACGUGGAUGGACGCAAUGUCUUCGAGAAGAGCUUCAGCGUGGAGUUGGACAACGCGACCGCACAGCUGCGAAGUUUCACUGGCUACGAAAGUGAGCAAAGGCGGAAAUAUUCCCUGGAAGACGACGAAGAGAUUGCCAGGGAAGCAGACCUCGAGAUGCGAAUACCGCCCACCAGGUCAGAGUCCAUCGAUGCGCAGGAACAGGCACAGCGCCACGUUGCACCCCGAGCAGGACUCAAAAGGACCUACACCGAUGUACAUUCUGCAUCCCUGCAGCAGAAGUUGAUCGAAGCCCUCGCCCAGCCAUAUUCCGCUGAUGAUCCCCUUGUCGUGCCAGACGUUGUGCCUACAUCUGUGGCCACCAAAGUUCCCAUGACUCCUGUCACUGGCAACGCUUCAGUGGUGCAUAGCCAUAGCAGCAAAUGGUCACCGACUCACCAGGCGGUCUUUCGUACUCAAGCUGAUGCUCCUUGGACAAUUCUGGCAGCCAAUGAUAUUGCCUGCCUGAUCUUCGGCGUUACGCGAGCUGAAGUGCGGUCCUUGAGCAUUCUUGGUGUCAUUCAAGAGGAACGAAGACAGUGGUUGGAAACGAGGCUGGCACGUCCCCAAGAAGACGUGGGAGAGCAUCCUCGGCCACCAUCCAAGAAUGAAGUGAGAAGUCCUAGCCUGUCGUUGGUAGGCUCAAGAAGCGGUAUUACAGCUCGGCUGCUUAGUAAAGCUCCCUCUAGAGCUAACAAACCUUCAGAAAGAGCAAAGACGGAUGAUGGCUCUGGUAGCCACUACAGUCCCAAGCCCAAGAAUCAUCCGUCAACGAAAUCGAGGGGCGUCCUGCUUUGCGGAGACAUCGUACCCAUUCAAAGACGAGACGGCACCAGAGGUGCAGCCAGUUUCUGGGUCAUGGAAAAGCGCGGCGGCUUGAUCUGGGUUAUCGAAGAGAUUACCGAAGAUGUCGCUUACCUCGAUAUUGACGACGGCGGUGAGGUCAAAAGUGCCCACGGUGGUAUAGACGCCAUCUGGGGUCGGUCUAACCUCGAGGGUUCAUCCCUCAAAUCCCUUCUUCCCAAGUUCCCCUUGGAGGCACUUGACUCGCAUGACAAGCAUUACAUAGGUUACUUCGCGGCUGAGACAGCCGAACAUGUCCACGUUCCGACCACGGUAGAAGUGUCGCCGACAGGCGACCAGAUCCGUGUAUCCAGUCUUCCUCACAUCGCCGGCGUCAUGGUGUUGGAUCCACAGUCCCUCAAAGUCACAAGCUCCAACAGCAUAUUCUCAGCCGCGCUUUUCGGAUAUCAAAAGCUGGAAGGCUUGCCCAUUGCGAACCUGAUACCCAGCUUUGAGGAUGUUUUGACCAUUUUGCGAGACGACGAUAACGUUGAUCUUGUCGACGGAAUUGUCGUCCCCGAGCAUAGCUUCCGCAGGGCUCGCACCAUCUUGUCGCUUCGAGAGGGCAAGGAGAAUCCCGCUCACAUAUUUUUGCGGCCGUGCGGUGUUCCAGCCAAACACAGGGACGGAUCCGACAUUAUGGUCGACAUUCAGAUGAGGGUUAUUCGCAGUGAGACUGUCUUCCCUGUGUCAGACGAGGCCAUCAUUGAGGAGAGGGAUGAAUCUCAAGCAGGGUCAAACCUUGCGGUCGCCGAGCUCGUAUACGCGCUCUGGAUCAUAUACUCGCGCAACAUCCAUGGUGCCGGGCUGGGUUCAAUCGAGGGCGAGCACGCCCAUGAUCGCCCAAUGUCGCCCCCAUCUCAACCAGAGCCGCCGCCGUCCCUUCCUUCACCACCGCCCUUACCCUCAGACCAGCCUGCAAAUGGCUCGCAACUGUCACUUCCAGCAGAACAAUCGGAUGAUGCGUUGGACUCCGUCAUCAUGGAUGAGCCCCUUGAGCACCCUCCUCCGCAUCUGACAUACAUACCUCACAAGAAGAAGACAAUCGAAGAUUUCACGGUUUUGGAGGAGAUGGGCUCUGGAGCCUACGGUCAGGUCAAGCUUGUUAGGUACAAGAAGGGUCAUUCCAGGAAGAUGGUGUUGAAGUAUGUCACCAAGAAACGCAUCCUCGUGGAUACCUGGACGAGAGACCGGAAGCUGGGAACGGUACCGUUGGAGAUUCACGUCCUCGAUUUUCUUCGCCGGGAUGGUCUUCGACAUCCGAACAUCGUCGAGAUGAUCGACUUCUUCGAGGACGACGUCAACUAUUACAUCGAAAUGCUGCCUCACGGCAUUCCUGGCAUGGACUUGUUUGAUUAUAUUGAGCUUCGAACUAACAUGACCGAGGCUGAAAGUCGAAACAUCUUCCGCCAGGUAGUUGACGCCAUUCACCAUCUCCACACCAAGGCUUUUGUGGUGCAUCGAGAUAUCAAAGACGAGAACGUCGUUUUGGAUGGAGAGGGAAGAAUCAAAUUGAUCGAUUUCGGAAGCGCGGCGUACAUCAAGAAUGGACCUUUCGAUGUGUUUGUGGGAACCAUAGACUAUGCUGCGCCAGAAGUUCUCCAAGGCAGACCAUAUGGCGGGAAGGAACAAGACGUAUGGGCCUUGGGCAUCCUAUUAUACACAAUCGCGUACAAGGAAAAUCCCUUCUACAAUUUAGAUGAAAUUCUCGACCAUCCAUUACGGGUUCCGUUCCUGCCCUUCUCGGAGGAGUGCCUAGAACUUAUUCGCAAGAUGCUAGACCGAGACCUGCACACGCGCUAUACCAUCGAAGAGGUGGUAGACGAUCCCUGGCUCCAAGACGACGAUGGUGAUUGA